AUGAAACCUCACAUAUUAGUGACAAAUAGUCUCCCUUUACCAUCUCUAAAUCUUCCGUUACGAACAAGAAAGUCUCUACCUCUCGCAUUUCUCAACGUAAACACUUCUAUUCACUCUAACCUCCUUCACUUCCCUGGAUUUCAAAAUCCUAAUUUCAAGGUUGUUGAAGCGGUGAGAUUUGACGGUCCGGUAACGGACCUUACUGAAUUCGAAGAUGAGGAUUAUGAGUUGAUAAUCGAGACUGUCAUUACGCAUACAUUGCCUCCGGCGUUGACGCUGGAGCGAGGGAUAGAAAGUAUUAAGGCGGCUGUGGAUGAUUUGAAGUCGAAUCCUCCGUCUUCUCCUCACGGAGUUUUCAGAUUUCAGGUUGCGGUGCCUCCGAGUCCAAAAGCUUUGAAUUGGUUCUACUCGCUACCUGAGUCGGAUGGUGUGUUUCCUCGGUUUUUUCUAUCUAAGGAGACAGAGGACGCGUCGUAUAAAUCACUCUAUUUGCAUAGAACUCGUGGAGCUUUCGGGAUUGGAGCAGCAAUUUUCUUUCAACGCUCCUCUUCCUCUUCCCUAGAAAAGCAGAGGAGGAUCAGAAGAUAUCUCUCAAGUGAUUCAGCCCAUAUAAUGACUUACGGUUUUAUGGAUAUUAAUUUCAACAAGGAGUCACCUUCAAUUAAGCCUGAGGCUGGUUCCUUUUACUUCCUAAUUCCUGAGUUAAGAGCAGCAAUAGACAGAUACUUGUAUCUUCAACAGGUUGAAUUAGAUGAGCAAGAUGAAGCAUCUAUUCUUGUCGUAACAUUGGCGUGGGAUGAAAAUUUCUGCUGUACUUUUGAACAAGCAAUUCAAUCUUUUGAGUCAUCCAUUUGCCAGUCAGACAUUUCUGCCUUUUCUCUUUCAGUAAUUCAGCGGUAUGGUUUUGCAGGCUUGUGCAAAUGCUCUGUUGUUGGACAGAAGGGAUUAUCAAACCCACAUCUCGGAACUGGUAUCCCCUUUUUCCUGGGAAAGACCAAAUUUUCCACUCAGUUCUGUUUUAGGCUUUCACCAAUUGUAGGCGUUUCCAGUAACAUGUUAGAUGAUGCCGGUGAAACUAGUUACUCUCCGCAAGAUCGUGCGAACAUCAAUUCAGUUUGGGCUUCACUUAUAGUAGAAGAAUGUUCUCGUCUCGCCCCAGGGUCAAGAUCAUCACCUCUUGCCAUUGCUGCUUCCACUCAUCCCCUAACAACAUGUAUUUCAUGCUUUGAUGAGCGCUCUCUUGCAUUUCAUGCUGUUGGUUAUGCAAGGGGGUCUAAUAAACCUGCAGUCAUCAUAACAACAUCAGGCACUGCGGUUUCAAAUCUUCUCCCUGCUGCUGGCUCAACUUUACAAGCUUGCGGUGAUAUACAGCUUCAUGAGCUAUCAUUUCCAGUUGUGGAAGCUAGUCAGGAUUUUGUGCCACUUCUAUUGCUGACUGCAGACCGUCCUCCUGAGCUUCUGGAUGCUGGGGCAAACCAAGCAAUUAAUCAGGUGAACCUUUUUGGUUCUUUUGUGAGGUUCUUCUUCAGUCUUCCUUCACCUACUGAUAAUAUUCCUGCUCGGAUGGUACUUACAACAAUUGACUCAGCUGUUCAUUGGGCAACCUCUUUGCCAUAUGGCCCUGUGCAUAUUAACUGCCCUUUCAGAGAACCUCUGGAUGAUCGUUCAGACAACUGGAUGUUAAGCUGUUUAAAAGGAUUAGAUGUUUGGAUGUCUGGUGCAGAACCAUUCACUAAAUACAUUCAAUUGCAAAAUUCUCUUGCAUGUAAGGAUGGUGCUUGUGUCCCAAUGGCAGAGGUUCUUGAAAUAAUUAAAAGGACUGAUAGAGGGCUUUUAUUUCUUGGUGCAAUUCGAACAGAAGAUGAAAUAUGGGCAGCUCUUCUCUUGGCUAAACACCUUAAUUGGCCUGUUGUACCUGACAUCUUAUCAGGUCUAAGAUUAAGAAAGCUCCUGCCUUCUCUUCCUGAAAUUGAAGAGAAUGUUUUAUUCAUUGAUCAUCUAGACCAUGCUCUACUGUCAGAAUGGGUCAGGAGUUGGAUUCGCUUUGAUGUGAUUGUUCAGGUUGCCUGGGAUAUAUCAUUUCAAAUUAAUGCAGAGAACUCAUUAACUGAGCCUCAUGUUGCACAUGUAAUUACAGAAGCUCUUUCAGCUGAGUCUGCUCUUUUUGUUGGUAACAGCAUGGUAAUACGCGAUGCGGACAUGUAUGGAUGCAAUUAUAAAACUCAUGGCCAUAGUAUUGAAGAUAUGAUGUUAGACUCAGAACUUUCAUGUCUUGGGAUAAGAGUGGCUGGAAACAGGGGAGCUAGUGGUAUUGAUGGUUUGCUUAGCACAGCAAUUGGUUUUGCUGUUGGAUGCAAUAAACAAGUGCUUUGUUUGGUUGGAGAUGUUUCUAUGCUUCAUGAUACUAAUGGCUUGGCCAUUUUGAAUAAGAGGAUGCCCAGGAAACCAAUAAGGAUACUUGUGAUAAACAAUCAUGGUGGGGCAAUCUUCAGCCUCCUUCCUAUUGCAGAUAGAACUGACCCUCGAAUAUUGGAUCAGUAUUUCUACACCUCCCAUAGCAUUUCAAUUCAUAAGCUAUGUAUGGCACACAGUGUGAGACAUUUGCUAGUGAAGACGAAGGCAGAACUUCAAGAGGCUUUACUUAAAUUUGAGCAUGAGAAGAAAGAUUGUGUUAUUGAAGUGGAGAGCUGCAUCGAGGCCAAUUCUUCCUUCCACUGGUUGAUAUUUGCUUUCACUUUAAGAAACUCUGCUCAGCAAGCAGCAGAUCAUGCUUUAAGCAUUCUCUCAAGGCUUUCUGUUCCGGGUUCCAUUUCUCAUGGGUUAUUUCUCUCUAAGAUCCAUAAAAUGGAGUUUUCUCUGUACAGAAUUCAACUCUGUGCUCCUCCUACCUCAAGCUCCGUUGAUCAUCAUCGUAAUGAGUUCCACAGGGAAGGUUAUCUUUUAUCUGUGUCUCUCGAAGAUGGAAGUGUUGGGUAUGGUGAGGUUGCUCCUCUUGAAAUCCACAAAGAAAAUCUGGUGGAUGUAGAAGAGCAGCUUCGAUUUCUUAUUCAUGCCAUUAAAGGAAUCAAGAUUAAUGUUUCCCUUCCUACUUUGAAAGGCUCUUUCACUUCUUGGAUAUGGAGCAACUUAGGAAUUAGGGAAUGUUCAAUCUUUCCAAGUGUUAGAUGUGGUCUUGAAAUGGCUGUCUUGAAUGCCAUAGCAGUAAGUCAAGGUUCCAGUUUUUUAAGUAUACUUCAACCUUGCAUGAUAAAUGAAGAAAUUUAUGAAAGGUCAUGUGUUAAGAUAUGUGCCCUUAUUGAUUCUGAUGGGACUCCUGCUGAGGUUGCUUAUAUUGCUUCCUCGCUUGUUGAAGAAGGAUUCACUGCUAUAAAACUCAAAGUUGCACGUCGGGCAGAUCCCAUUCAAGAUGCUGCAGUUAUAUGCAAAGUGCGAAAGGAGGUUGGUCCAUGUGUUGAACUCCGUGUGGAUGCCAACAGAAAAUGGACCUAUGAAGAAGCUAUCCAGUUUGGCUUCCUUGUAAAAGAUUGUGACCUCCAAUAUAUUGAGGAACCUGUUGAGAAUGAAGAUGAUAUUGUGAAGUUUUGUGAAGAAACUGGCUUACCUGCAGCUCUUGAUGAAACUAUUGACAAUUUUCAAGAAAGUCACCUCAAUAUGCUUGCAAAGUAUACUCACACUGGAAUAGUUGCUGUGGUUAUCAAACCAAGUGUCAUUGGUGGGUUUGAAAAGGCAGCAUUAAUUGCGCGAUGGGCUCAGAAACAUGGAAAAAUGGCUGUUGUUAGUGCUGCAUUUGAAAGUGGCCUAGGUUUGUCAACUUAUAUUCUAUUCUCCUGUUACCUGGAGCAGCUGAAUUCUGUUUACUCAGUUAUGAACCGUGAAACCAUGCCAUCUAUAGCCCAUGGUCUUGGAACUUACAGAUGGCUUAAACAAGAUGUCACAGCUAUACCACUUGGGAUUCAUUGUGAUCCAAGUAAAGGCUUUGUGGGAGCAUCUGUUGCUGCUGCCAUUCAACUCCUGCAGAACUUUCAAGUCAACAACAACAUUAUUCAUAGAACUUUUAUUGAAGAGCAAGUUCAUAGAUAUCAUUUGACAGUGAAUUCAAAGAAUUUCUCCUACUCCAUCAAAGUUCAUGAGGUUGGGCGAGAAAACAAUGAUAAUGUUGUCAUAUUUCUUCAUGGAUUUCUUGGAACUGGUGAAGAUUGGAUCCCCAUCAUGAAGGCCAUCUCAGGAUCAGCAAAAUGCAUUUCAAUUGAUCUUCCUGGACAUGGGGGAUCAAAAAUACAAAAUCAUGGCAGUAAGGGAGCCAAAGAGGAAGCAACUUUGUCGGUUGAAAUAGUUGCAGAUGUAUUAUAUGAGUUGAUUCAAGGCAUAACUCCUUUUAAGGUUACCCUGGUUGGAUAUUCUAUGGGAGCUAGGAUUGCAUUGCACAUGGCACUGAGGCUUAGUCAUACGAUUGAUGGAGCAGUUAUAAUAUCUGGUAGCCCUGGCCUGAAGGAUACAUUGGCAAGAAAAAUCCGUCAGGCUAAAGAUGAUUUUAGGGCAGAUUCACUUGUUGCUUAUGGUUUAGAACACUUUAUUGAGUCCUGGUAUGCUGGAGAGCUCUGGAAGAGCCUGAGAAGUCAUCCCCAUUUCAAGCAAGUAGUUGCCAGCCGCUUGCUGCAUGAGGAUGUCCAAAGCCUUGCAAAAGCUCUGUCUGGCCUCAGCAUUGGGAGUCAGCUGCUCCAGUGCCUUGGGGAUCAGAGAAGCAGAGAGCCCUCUUUGGAAGCCAAGCCCCACAGUUUGUAUGUUAGAAGUUUACCAUUUAGGCCACUGUGGGAAGACUUGAAGCAAUGCGAUUUGCCCCUUUUACUCAUUGUUGGAGAGAAAGAUGCGAAGUUCAAAUCAAUUGCUCAAAAAAUGUUCCACGAAGUUGCCCAAGAUAGGAAAGGUGAAGACAGCAAUGGGAACAAUAUUUGUGAGAUACUUGAGGUUCCCAACUGUGGUCAUGCUGUCCAUUUGGAAAACCCUCUUCCUGUUAUCAGAGCCGUGAGACAAUUUCUGAUCCAAGUAAGAAAGAGUUCCUCCACAGCUUAG